CGGCGCGCCCCGGGCUGGCCGGCGGUGCUGGCGUGGGCCAGGCUGUCGGGCAGUGUCCCCAGCCUUGGGGACAGCGAGCAGCAUGCUGGCCAGGGCUGGCCAGCGCCCCCCGCGUGCCUGAGCCGUGGCGGCCAUGGCCGCAGCCAUCGCCAGCUCCCUGAUCCGCCAGAAGAGACAGGCCAGGGAGCGCGAGAAGUCCAAUGCCUGCAAGUGUGUCAGCAGCCCCAGCAAGAGCAAGGGCAGCUGCGACAAGAACAAGCUCAAUGUGUUCUCCAGGGUCAAACUCUUUGGCUCCAAGAAAAGGCGAAGGAGGCGACCAGAGCCUCAGCUUAAAGGUAUAGUAACAAAGCUGUACAGCAGGCAAGGAUUCCACUUGCAGUUGCAAGCAGAUGGAACAAUUGAUGGAACAAAGGAGGAGGACAGUAGUUAUACUUUGUUUAACCUCAUCCCUGUGGGCCUACGAGUGGUGGCAAUCCAGGGGGUUCAGACAAAAUUAUACCUGGCCAUGAACAGUGAAGGAUACCUGUACACAUCAGAACAUUUUACACCUGAAUGCAAGUUCAAAGAAUCAGUAUUUGAAAACUACUAUGUGACAUAUUCCUCAAUGAUCUACAGACAGCAGCAGUCUGGCCGGGGUUGGUAUCUGGGUCUUAACAAAGAAGGAGAAAUAAUGAAAGGAAACCACGUGAAGAAAAAUAAACCUGCAGCACACUUUCUUCCAAAACCCUUAAAAGUGGCCAUGUACAAAGAGCCUUCCCUCCACGACCUCACAGAGUUCUCCAGGUCUGGAAGUGGGACCCCAACAAAGAGCAGAAGCGUUUCAGGAGUGCUAAAUGGGGGCAAAUCCAUGAGCCAGAACGAGUCCACGUAGCCAGGUGAGGUCCAGGCCAGCCAAGUGCUCUCUGAACAGACCCUUACCUCUGGAUGCAGUUCAGUUCUCACUCCACUCUUUCAUCCAAGCCUUGAUCGCCCAGGACACGGCACAGCUCCACAGCCCCCUUUGUCACCAUCACAUCUGCUGUGCCCAAGGAUAACCCAGGAGAAACCCAAGAGAAAUCCAGGAUAACCCAGGAGAAACCCAGAAUAACC